GACUGACUCAUUUUCCGAGGGGCAUAACGUUUGAUUGUUAUCAGCCACGGAUGCAAUUCAGCUGCAACCUUGCUACGUCCCGCAAGAAAGGAAGAGAGUCAGGUAUUGAAUUGUCUCUGAGAAGUUUCCGAAGAAUUUUUGCUGCCGUCGUCAAAUUACCUUCGCCUUUCUCUAACGCAUCGCAUCAUGACCGACGAACCUGGGCAACCGCCCGCGCUCACAACCCUGAGCCUGGCAGAAAAGGCUCAUGUGUCCAAGGCUGUCGAGCAAAAAGUCACUCCCUUCGAUGUCUCUGGUGGUGUUGAUGAGUCGGGAAAACUGCUACCGGUCGACUAUGACAAGCUGGUCCGAGAAUUCGGCGCGAAUCUUAUCAGCAAACAACUGCUAGAACGAUUUGAGAAAGUUACGGGGCAUCGUCCUCAUAGGUUCAUGCGCAGAGGGAUUGUCUUUAGCCACCGCGAACUGAAUGUCAUUCUCGAUCGGUAUGAGAAGGGGCAGCCGUUCUUUCUGUACACCGGACGAGGACCGAGCAGUGAUAGCGUGCAUGUCGGACAUACCAUUCCUUUUGAAUUUACCAAGUGGCUACAAGACGUCUUCGAUGUACCUCUCGUCAUAAUGUUGAGCGAUGACGAAAAAUUCAUGCAUUCUCAGAAGAUCGAAAUUGACGAUGCCAGAAAGUACACUAAGGCUAACGUGAUGGAUAUCAUCGCCGUUGGAUUCGACCCAAAGAAAACAUUCAUCUUCAGUAACCUUGAUUUCGUUGGUGCUGCCUUUUACGAGAACAUAUGCCGACUGGCAAAGAGGAUUACAAUCAACUCGGUCAGAGGAACGUUUGGAUUUACAGAUAGCAACAACGUUGGUGAAUUCCAUUUCUGCGCAACGCAGUCCGCAUCCGCAUUUGCUACCAGCUUUCCUCAUAUUUUCGGCACGGACAGGAAGAAGGUUGCCUCAAUCCCGGCGUUGAUUCCUUGCGCCAUCGACCAAGACCCGUACUUCCGUCAAUGCCGUGAACAUGCGGAGAAAAUGAAAUACAAGAAACCUGCGCUGAUCCACUCCAUAUUCCUGCCGGCGCUUCAAGGGCCAGGGUCCAAGAUGUCUGCUAGUGUUGACAGUUCAGCUAUCUUCAUGAACGACACACCCAACCGCAUAAAGAACAAGAUCAACAAAUACGCAUUUUCUGGCGGCCAGGACACCGCUGAGCUGCAGCGCAAGCUUGGUGGUAACACGAAGGUGGAUGUCCCUUUUCAGUACCUCACCUUCUUCUUGGAGGAUGAUGACGAACUUGAACGUAUCCGUGUCGCUUACGAGAAGGGAGAGAUGCUCACCGGUGAACUCAAACAGCGCUGCAUCGCUGAAGUGCAAGCUUAUGUCCAAGCGUUCCAGGAGCGCAGAGCUCAGGUCAAUGAGCAGACCGUUGCCGAGUAUAUGAGGCAGCGGCCACUAGAGUGGAAGGGAAAUCCGAAUCCGAUUGUUGUUGAGAAGCCAAAAAAAUAAGCGCAACUUCUUUUCAUUAUAAUAGAUACCAUAUCUUUUGACAGUUGGAGCAGUUUUACAUCAUGGUAUGGUCGUUUUCAAGCGGAUUCGCCCAGCGCUGUCCCUUAUAGGGACUUGUAUUUAGAAUUCAGCUACUGGAUUAAUUCCAUUGACGUUUACGAGUGACCAUCUCCCCGCCAGUUCCCGGCCCUCUUCAGUAUAAUGUCCUUGAUCUUUGUGUGUACGCCUAUUACGAAAGAGUCAAUGCUUCAGCACGACUACGCCCCGCAUAAACCCUCUCACACCGUUACUUAACCAGCACUCAUCCCCAUCCACCAACUCCGCGGUCUUUAUUACCCCUUCGAUGCAGAACCCUUGCGCAAGGGCAUACCGCCUCGUCGUCCCCGCAUUUCCGCCGCUCGACAAUGGCGGUGUUAUCCAAUGGGGCUCACUCGGAGCUCCGGCCCCGCUAGUCCCCAGCUGAUGCCGUCGCCGAAAAUACGGCGUAGUGAUGCUUCCUUCCAUAACCUCGCCUUGAGGAUUCACGACUAGCACUUCUGCGUUUUCGGCAGGUGAUUGUAUUCCUGCCCUUAGCCGCGCGGCGUUGUAGUCAUCCCGGGCCGUAGUCUUGUGAGUUGUAUAUACCGAGGGAACUAUCGGUUGUGAAUCAAUGUAGACGCGCCAGAGACCCGAUUGUGAUUCUGCUGGCUGGUCCAGGAUACCUGGUGACGGAACCAGAAGCCGUAAAGGUGGAAUCGGCGCCGUUGGAUAUGCCUCAACCUUGCACUCGCCGCUGCAGUGCAGCAAGAUCCGGAGACGCCAUUGCGUUGUCUUAUCCGGGAUGAAAGGAUCUAGAAAGCGGAUGAAAGCUGCCAGAUCAUGCUUUUCUAGAAAAUCCAACGCGGAGGACCAUUGGAAGCAUUGUGCGGCAUUGAUUAGUCGGUCGCGAUGGUAGGCGAGGAGAUAGUAGGGCGUGUCCUGAGGAUUUGGGUAGGCGGAUUCCUGGCCGCAGUGGGAUAGGAAUUGCGGGAGCCAGGGAUCGUAACGGAGGGAGGAGAAGAUGUGGAAUGAAGGCGCCGACGAGGACAUUGUUUGUUCUACCGGGACUUGUUUUUCAUAAAGGAGUACUGACGUACGGACGGAGUGCCGUGCACACGCGUAGCUCCGCACGGGCAAUGCCGGUACGGUGUUGCCAUGUCAAAUGAGACGACAGAAUAGAAGAAUAUGUACAAGGAAGAAGAAUAAAACGAAGUAAUAUCAAAAUAACAGUCCUCCGG